AAUUACAGAAAAAUUCCUCGGCUGAUUUAAACAAAAAUGUCAAAUUUUUCAGUGGCCAUUUCGUAAAUUGGAAAAUCUAAAUAAUUCAUUUAUUUGAAUCUGCAGACAAACGUUGCAAUUUGCAAAUGACUCCAAUCGCACUAGGGCGGAUGCUGUACGGAGGCACACGCUUCAGUCGCAAGCUCGUAAAUACCUCACGGGCAUUAACUUCCGGCCUAUGGCAGACGAUGAUUAACAGCGUCAUGCUGCACACGCAGGCAGCAAUUGGGUGCACAGAGAAGCGAAUGGUCUGCUCACGUUGUAAUCUCCACUCCAAUGGGUUGGAGCCACCACAUCUGGUGCAUUUGAUCCAUAGGCGCUACUCCACCUGCGAGAAAACAUCGACGCAGAUAUUAUCGAAAUUGUUUCCUCAGACAUCCAUGGAGCUGGAUGAUGAGGCCAGCCGGGACAGACGUAAGCGUGAGGAAGAGGAAGAGCUUAGAGAAAUGGAGCGGGCCUGGAAGCGUAUGAAAAUAGGGUUUGGGGUCUUUGGUAUAGGAGGUGUGAUAUUUUCGUUUUGGGCAAUUUACUUCUUUGGCAAGCCGUCGCUUGAUGAACAAGGAAACGAAUUGGCAGAUGAGUUCAGUUCAUUGCCAUUGGUUCAGCAAUACAUGGCGCGUACUUUUAAGUCGUUGAAUCAUUUUCAGAGGUUCAUCCAGGAGCCCUCAAGUCAAAAAUUAUUGCCUGAUCCACUGCAGGCGCCGUAUAUUCAGCCGCCCUACACUUUGGUACUUGAGGUCAAGGACUUGCUGAUCCAUCCUGAUUGGACCUAUCAAACGGGAUGGCGUUUUAAAAAACGUCCAGGCGUCGAUGUUUUCUUGAGAGAGUGCUCCAAGUAUUUCGAGAUCGUUGUCUAUACGGCCGAACAGGGAAUGACUGUUUUUCCACUGCUCGACGCUCUCGAUCCCAGCGGAUAUAUCAUGUACCGGCUGGUCCGCGAUUCGACCCACUUUGUGGGGGGUCACCAUGUGAAGAAUCUUGACAAUCUAAACCGUGAUCUGAAGCGUGUGGUUGUCGUUGAUUGGGACAAAAACUCGACCAAAAUGCAUCCGGCCAAUACAUUCUCGAUACCCCGUUGGUCCGGCAACGACGAUGACACCACUUUGUUUGAUCUAAUCUCUUUCCUGAGCGUACUCGGAAGCAGCGACGUGGACGAUGUACGUGAGGUGCUUCAAUAUUAUAAUCAGUUUGAGGAGCCCAUUGUCCAAUUUCGUGAGAACCAGCGGAAGCUGUCCGAACAGAUGCAGGCGGACGAGUUCGAGAAGUUGAGUAAGCCAAAGCCGAUGGUCAAGAACUGGUCGCGCGGCUUCAUGAAGCCCUAAAGGUACAUCGUACAUCUCGUACAUCGUAGCAGCCUUUUAGGUUUAGACAUUUACGUUCUCCCUUGCAUUGUUGUGGUUUAACAAAUUAUUCUCAAAAUAAUGUGUAUCAUAUUUAUUUACUCUUAAAUCGAAGAACUAUUAA